AUGGAACGUGUCAGUACUACAAUGACCCGUUUAGAACUGUUGACCGAUCACAUGGUACAGGCUAUUGCCUCCGAUCCACUCGGUCAGGCGACUAUCAGGAGUUGUAGAGAUGCUGUUAACACAGAGGUGAACAAUGUGCGCCUCCUGAUUCAACAAAAGCUUAACCUGCUUGCAAUCAGCCACCAACCCAUGGCGGUAGAUUUUUCGGAAGAUCGAACGAGCUGUCCGAGACGUGUUCGAACGUCGUCAUCAAUCUCCGAGGCCAGUUUGAGUGUGCAGGAUGUAAAGGCGUUAUGGACUCUUUGUCAAAUCGAAUGUGUACAACUGGAUCGAUUGUGUGGAGCAGAUUGGUCCGGGAUCCACCCAACUCCGUCCACGGGUCUGUGUAUUCAACUCCGGUCUCACCUUUCCUCCGAUGGACUGUCUUUACUGUUUCAAAAGUGGAUUAAACUACGCGAAGAAUGGUCGACGAAAUGUGAUCGGUUGCAUCAAAUACUCACCACAAAAUGGCAUCCCGCCGGGGAAUACGAUGAUUCGAAUGAAUUGGAUGAUGGUGAAGGGAUUGGAUUGGCUUAUCCCGACGCCCCGGUCGAUAAACUCCCCAUAACAUUUCAUUCGCUGUCCUCAGAGAACAGAAAACACCAACUAGAGGCCUAUUUGCAAGACUGUGAACAGGGCGCUUUCGUUUGUGAUCAUCUUACGCGGUUGCUGAUGCAAAUCCGUCCAAACUGCACUCCGGAUGGCCUUGAACUAAUGACCAAACAGAUUGAAGAUUUCUACACAGCGCUUGGGGCCCGGGUGAUGCGAUCCGAAUUGGAGUUGUUCCAACUGACUGAUUGUUCUGCUAUGGAGAAUUGGAUUAUUCGCGAACAAUUUAUUGUGAGGCGACGUUUGAGUACAAUUCGAGCACAUUCUCCCGUCUUGGUCGCAUCUAAUGAGGUACGUGUGCGUGUGGGUAGUAUCUUUGAUUUACCUGCAUGUGUCCUCCUACGCCAUUCCACGCAAAAGUAUCGCAACAGCCUGACCCAUUCUGGGUCUAUUUAUAUAAAUCUGUAA